AUGAAGAGUCACGAUGAUCCCAGCAUCCCAGUCUUGACUGACCGUGGCCUGAUCUACGCAACACGACCCAUGACUCCUGAGCUUUCCGGCGCCCCCGUGGUCACCGACUUCGGCCAGAUGCGACCCAUGCUGCCGCUGAGCACUGACUGGUGGAUGCCAGACCUGGACCGAGCACCAGAGAUUCUCCUGAAGCUCCCAUGGGGGUUCCCUGUUGACGUGUGGUCUGUUGGCAUCAUGAUGCUGGAGCGCCUCGAAGGAAGAAACAUCGUUGAUCCCAUCGACCGCGUCAACAACCAUUAUGUCCUGCCGCUAGCCCUGGCUCAGUACAUCGCCUAUCUGGGUCCUCCGGCCCUGGCCAUCGUCGAGCAGGAAACGUUCUUGACACUGAUUCGAGGCAUCAUGACCUGGGAUGCCGAGGCGCGAUUGACAGCAAACGAGGCAUUGCUCCACGGAUGGAUGAUGCGGGCUUACGGGCAGAUGCUCUGA